GUAUAUUGUAGACUUUCCCUUUUUUGGGAUGUCUUGUUUAUGGUGAUUUCAGUUCUUCACAUCAUGAAUGAGAGAGAGAGAGAGAGAGAGAGAGAGAGAGAGAGAGAGAGAGAGAGAGAGAGAGAGAGAGAGAGAGAGAGAGAGUGAUGAGGCAGUUACAAGGAACAAGCCUACGUAUGAGCAUCUUCUUCUUGGUGACUUCAUUUGCCAUUGUUAUUCUGGUUGCAAUAACAAAUACUUCCAAAGGAUUAUCUUUGUUCUUUCUUCCACUGUCAAGAUGGUCACGGACUGGUGGCAUUUCCUACCUUUCUUCAUCUUCAUCUUCAUCUUCAUCUUCCUUUUCCAACUUCUCCUUUACCGAUGACACAAGGCAAGGUGGUGCCACUAUCAAAUCUGGUUUCAGAAGAAGUAAGAAGAAGAUAGAUGAAAAACUAGGGAGGGUUGAAGCAGGACUUGCUAGAGCCAGAGCUCUGAUCAGAGAUGCCGUGAUCAAUCAGAACCGUUCAUCGCCUCUUGAUGGAGAUUCAGAUUAUAUUCCACAAGGGGACAUUUAUCUGAAUGCUUAUGCUUUCCGCAGAAGUUACCAUUUAAUGGAAAGGAUGUUUAGAAUAUAUAUCUACGAAGAAGGAGAGCCACCACUAUUUCACACUGGUCCUUGCAAGGACAUAUACUCCAUGGAAGGAAUUUUCAUCAAGUUGAUGGAAACAAACACUCGAUUUCGCACCCGUGAUCCUGAUCGAGCUCAUGUUUACUACCUUCCGUUUAGUGUGGUGAUGAUCCUCCAAACCCUCUUUGACCCGGUCACCCAAAGCAAAUCCGUCCUAAAAUGGGUAAUCCGUAGUUAUAUUCGUCUCAUUUCUACGAAGUACCCGUAUUGGAACAAAAGCCUCGGAGCCGAUCAUUUCAUGCUCUCUUGCCAUGAUUGGGGCCCACGUGCAACUCGGUAUGUUCCUCAAUUAUAUUCCACUUCAAUUCGGGUACUAUGCAACGCAAACACAUCCGAGCGCUUCAAUCCGAAGAAAGAUGCAUCAUUGCCAGAAAUCAACUUAAAAACAGGCGAAAUUGAAGGGCUCACCGGUGGCUUGCCCCUUUCUAACCGCACGGUCCUGGCGUUCUUUGCAGGGGGUGCACAUGGUAACAUUCGGCUUGCUCUUCUAAAACACUGGAUGGAAAAAGAUGAAGAUGUACGAGUUUACAAAUAUCUUCCGGAGGGAAAGUCAUACCCAGACAUGAUGAAGAAGAGCAAGUACUGCAUUUGCCCGAGCGGGUGGGAAGUUGCGAGCCCAAGGAUCGUGGAGGCGAUUUAUGCAGAGUGCGUGCCGGUAUUGAUUUCCCAGAACUAUGUGCUCCCGUUUAGCGAUGUUUUGAAUUGGAACUCGUUUUCGGUUCAGGUUUCGGUGAGUGAGAUACCGAAUUUGAAGAAUAUUCUGGUGGGCAUACCGGAGGAUCGGUAUCUAAGAUUGCAAGAGGGAGUGAGGCAGGUGCAAAGGCAUUUUUUGGUGAAUGAUCCUCCUAAGAGAUUUGAUGUGUUUUAUAUGAUAAUUCACUCGAUUUGGCUGAGAAGAUUGAAUGUUGUUGUUUAUAUAUAGUUGAGAUCAUGUAACAUUAGGACCAAUUUACAAGAUCAAAAUCGCCAUCUCGAUUUAGUUAAAAGUUAUUCCAUAGAGAGAAAUGCUAUGGGACCCAAA